AUGGCCACACCCAUCCACAGAAAUGGAAGUCUCUCAGCAGUGUCCUUGCAGGGAUUUGUGCUGGUGGGAUUUGGGGGAGGCGCAGAGACCCAGGCCCUGCUCUUUGCUGCCUUCCUGGCCCUGUACGUGGUGACUGUCCUGGGCAACCUCACCAUGAUCGUGGUCAUCACCCUGGAUGCCCACCUGCACUCCCCCAUGUACUUCUUCCUCAGGAACCUGUCCUUCGUCGACCUCUGCCUCUCUUCUGUUAUUGUGCCCAAUGCCCUCGCCAACGUCUUCUCCUCUUCCAAGGUCAUCAGCUUUGCAGCGUGUGCCACUCAGUUCUUCUUAUUCUCCUUGUUGGCUACCACUGAGGCUAUCCUCUUAGCUGUGAUGGCCUAUGACCGUUUCAUGGCCAUUUGUAGUCCGUUAAGAUACCCUGUGACCAUGUGCCCUAUGACCUGUGCCCGUCUGGUUCUGGGUACCUACUGUGUGGGCUGCCUGAACUCUAUUGUGCAAACCAGCCUCACAUUCCGGCUGCCCUUCUGCAGCUCCAACCACAUCGAUUUCUUCUUCUGUGACGUGCCCCCGCUGCUCCAGCUUGUCUGUGCAGACACAACUCUCAAUGAGCUUGUCAUGUUUGGCAUCUGUGGGUUCAUCAUUGUGGGUGCUGUGCUUGCUGUCAUUGUCUCCUAUGGCUACAUCACCGUGACCAUCCUCAGGAUGCACUCAGGGGCAGGGCGGCACAAGGUCUUCUCCACCUGUGGCUCCCACCUGACAGCCGUGUCCUUGUUUUAUGGAACUGGCUUUGCUAUAUAUGGCCAGCCAGGAGGCGUGGCAUCCAUGGACCAGGGCAAGGUAGUCUCCACCUUCUACACUCUGGUCAUCCCCAUGUUCAACCCCCUCAUCUACAGUUUUCGCAACAAGGAUGUAAAGGAUGCCCUGAGGAGGCUGGGUCAGAGACACAGUCUGGUGAAGAAGAGUGCCUGGUGUCGUCAUCAGGAACUAUGCUAG